AUGUACUAUGAGCCUCUAGACCUCAACCUUUAUCUGGAGAAGGAGGCUGGAUAUAUCGGCAGAGAUUGCUCCACAAAUAACGAAAUUUGUGAGAUUAAACUCGUCAAAAGGACAAGGGUCUCACCAACUGCCCAUCUGUUUGUCUUUGGCUACCCUCAAGAGAUCAAAGGCGCCGUUGAAGUCGGUGCUUUUGGGCAUUUUCUAUUCUCUGGACAUCUUUUAGAGUCGGCGACCCCGGGGUUCUGGAACGCGGUAAAGCUGGAAAAUGGCGAAAAGGAGGUGAAGCGAAAGUACACGCCAAUUUACAUUGAUGCUGCAAAGAGACAAAUACACUUUCUCAUUCGAAUAUACGGUCCGUGUGAAGAGUUCCCAGACGGUGGCAAAUUUACAAGGUUUCUGGACAAACUAGAGGUCCAGGAUAGCCUCAAAGUGAUACCCUGGAAGCCAAAGUACAGGCUCGUUGAAGAGGCUGUGAUUAGGGUGCUGGGAAGACGUCUUGAAUACAAAGUUCUGAAUCUAAUAGCCGCUGGUACAGGGAUAACACCUUUUGUUAGACUACUAACACACUACCAAAAUACACCUGUGUCUGUUAAUCUCAUAUACUGCAAUCGGUCCAUUGAGGAGAUUAUGCUAAAGGAGCUUUUCGAUACUUUGACCUGCUCCAAUUCAAACAUAAGAGUCAGAUAUCUCGUCUAUUCACGCAAAGACUACUCUGAAUCUGGAAGCAUUGCGGAUUCACCCAGCAUUUCAAGGUGCAUUAUAAACAAGGAGAUAAUUUCAGAGGUCCUGGAAGUGGCUGAAAAAUCCGUAACUUUAUACUGUGGACCUCCAAAGUUUUGUGAUUUAGUCAAAGAGCUGCUCGCCAGUUUAAACUUUACAAACUCCCACGUAAUAUAA